GAUAGAAAGGUAAAUUCAUGGUCAGGAAAUGUUGAAAUUGGUGUCACAUCAUGUCAUCCUGAUACCUUGGAAUUACCUGCAGUUGGUGUAUCGUUACGGCAUGGAUCUUGGGUGAUGUCUGGUAACUCAAUACUAAAAGAUGGGAUAGCGUUAAAAGAAUUUUAUGGACGUGAUUUAGAUAAAUUAAAUGAAGGCGAUCGUUUAGGUGUAAUGCGAACAUCAAAUAAUGAUUUGUUAAUAUUUAUCAACGGUAUAUCACAAGGUGUAGCAGCAACAGAUUUACCCACAACGUUAUACGCUGUUAUCGAUAUGUAUGGGAAAUGUGUACAAGUUUCAAUUUAUAAUGCUGGCCCACUAGAACACAAUAACGAUGAUUUUCUAAGUUGUGGCGAAAGUUCACAAUUAACUUUAGAUAAUGAAGUUACUGGCAUGAGUAUGAGUUUGGCGUCUAAUUUGAGUGAGCUUAGUUUGGAUUUACGGCAAGAUUGGAAUGUAAGUUUAAAUUUACCAAUAGAAAAUGCAAACAACAAUAAUGUUUUAAUACCAGCUAGUGGUGGUGAUAAUAUGAUUACAUCACCAAGAGAUCGCCUUCGAUUUCAUGUACGAUGUGGUUCAUUAGUUAAAUUAACUGCAAAUUAUCGAUCAGCAGAACGUCGAAGACCUUUAGAUGAAUUUAAUAAUGGUGUCGUUAUGACUAACCGACCAUUACAAGAUGAUGAAUUAUUUGAAAUACGAAUUGAUCGUUUAGUAGAAAAGUGGAGUGGUAGUAUCGAGGUUGGUGUUACAACGCACAAUCCAGCAACUUUAGAAUUUCCAGCGACUAUGACAAAUAUGCGUAGCGGUACAAUUAUGAUGUCCGGUUGUGGAAUUUUAACGAAUGGUAAAGGUACACGACGUGAAUAUGGUGAAUUUAAUUUAGAUGAAUUACGUGAAGGUGACCGCGUUGGUAUGAUGCGUAAAUCAAAUGGAAAUCUACACUAUUUUAUAAAUGGUUUGGAUCAAGGUAUUGCGGCGUUUAAAGUUGCACAUAAUGUGUGGGGUGUUAUUGAUUUAUAUGGCAUGACAAUUAAGGUAACAAUUGUCGAUAAGGAUGAACGUGAAUCACAAAAUCUAAUCACACGUCGUAAUACAUUGUUACGUGAUCAACAUUUAAAUAUUGUCGAAUCUCAAUCAGCUGAAAUUGAUUGUUACGAUCGUUUAAUGUUUCAUCCAAAUUGUGGUGCACAUGCUGAUGUUAUAAAUAAUGGACGAACUGCACAUCGACCUAAUGCUGUUGAUGAUUUUAACAAUGGUGUUGUUUUAACAUCACGUCCAUUAAAAACUAACGAACAGUUCGAAGUACGUUUGGAUAAGGUUGUUGCUAAAUGGGCUGGAUCCAUUGAAAUUGGUGUAACUACUCAUUCACCGACUGAACUAGAGUUUCCUUUUACUAUGACAAAUGUCAGAUCUGGAACAUGGAUGAUGACUGGAAAUGGUGUCAUGCACAAUGGAACUACAGUGAUAGAUCAAUAUGGUCAAAAUUUAGAUCGUUUACAAGUUGGAGAUCGUGUUGGAGUCAUACGUAAAGAAAAUGGUACGUUACACUUUUUUGUUAAUGGUAUUGAUCAAGGUCCGGCUGCAACAAGUGUUCCGGAUCGUGUGUACGGUGUAAUUGAUUUGUAUGGACAAGCUGCUCAAGCCACAAUACAAGAUGCAUUAGAUUAUUCACCAGAUACAAGUGAUCUUCGAUUCCAUCAUAUUAGUGGUAAAAAUGCACGAAUAUCAAAUAAUGGAUUAACUGCAUCCAGGCCACGUGCAUUAGCUGAAUUUAACGAUGCUAUUGUAUUUUCAAAUCGACCGCUACGCGAAGAGGAAUUAUUUGAAAUUGUAUUAGAAAAAAUGGUAGAUCGAUGGUCAGGUAGUAUUGAAUUGGGUGUUAGUGCAGUGCGUCCCGAAGAGCUAGAAUUACCAAGUACUGCUACUGAUUUAGAACAUGAUACAUGGAUGUUGAGUGGUGCUGUUGUCAUGGAAAAUGGUGUAAAUCUUAAAAAUGGAUAUAAAUUAGAUUUGGAUACACUAAGUGCCGAUUCGAAAAUAGGUGUAUUACGACAUGCCGAUGGAAUGUUACAUUACUUUUUAAAUGGUGUUGAUCAAGGGCCAGCAUGUCGUGUAAGUGCAUCGUCCGUAUACGCCGUAGUUGAUUUAUAUGGACAAUGCGCUCAAGUAACCAUUAUCGGUAACAAUUCACGAUCAAUUGUACCAUUAGCAUCACCCGUUCAAAGUGAAGAACCUACACCGGCAUCGUUACAAGCGAGUAUUGUACACAAUCCAGCGCAUAAUGUUAUGAAUGCUCCACAACCACUUGAUUCAUAUCUUGCACAUAAAUUCGCUGAUUUUCAUGGUAAAAAUAUUAUACUCUCAGAGAAUAAUACAAUUGCAACACGAAUAAAAGAUAAUUCACAAUGUUUUGUAUUUACAUCGCAUCCAUUAAAUACGGAUGAAUUGUUUGAAAUUGAGAUCAUGUCUUUGGCACCACAAUAUGCUGGUAGCAUGAAAUUUGGUGUUACGACAAUGAAUAUAGCGGAUACAAAAGUUCAAGCCACAUUAUCCAGUAAUAUUAUGUUAAAUACUUUAGUGGCCGAUUGGUAUGUUACAGGGAACGAUAUUUAUGUAAAAUCAAAAUUAUCAAACAUGAAAUUUUGUCCAAGUUUAGAGUGGCUUCGUGUAGGUGAUCGAAUUGGUAUUAAACGAAGUCACGAUGGAACUUUACGAAUUUUAAUUAAUUCAGAAGAAAUGGCUAUUAUUGCAAAUAAUGUUCCAGAGGGUUUAUACGGCAUGAUUACGGUUUGUGGCCGAACGAGUGGUAUACAUAUAACAAGUUUCAAAUCACCACCGCCAGCGAUGACUACAACAAUGUCUAUGUCAAUGUCACCGUUGGCUAGUUUAAAAUUACACGAUAGUCUAGAAUUAGUAUUAGAUCCACCAUCACAUUUGGGUAAACCAAUGGAUGUAGCGGAUGGUACUGAUGUUGAAUCAAUAUCAGAGACGGAUCGUUAUGAAUUUUAUGAAGUACAUGGUAGAAAUAUUGAAAUAUUAUCAAAUCGUGUUACAGCUCGACGUGUUGCAUCGUAUAAUCAAGGUGUUGUUAUUGUUAGUCGACCAUUAAUCAAGGGACAAAUUUUAGAGAUUAAAGUAGAAAAAAUCAAUGAAAAAUGGACAUCAUCAUUAAUGUUGGGAAUUGUUUGUAUCCCACCAUGUAAAGUAAAUUUUUCCGUAACUACACUUCAUGGAUUCAAAAAACAUUGUUGGAUUAUCUCUAGUGAUUGGUUAUCAAUUAAUGGAAUUAAGAUCAAAUCAAAUUAUGGUAUAGUACUUGAUAAAUUAACAGCUGGAAGUAUCGUUGGUUUACUUUUAUCGGAAACUGGACGAUUAUUUCUUUAUGUAGAUGGUGUUAAUUUAGGUCCAUUACCUGCUGGAUUACCAACGUCGCAUAAUUAUCAUGCAGUAUUCGAUUUAUACGGACAAUGUGAACAGAUAACAAUAUUAAAUAAUCAAUGUGAUAAUUCUGAUCUAAUUGAACAAAAAACUGCAACAUUAUCAAAUCAAUUAUCUGCUGACAUACCAUCAACUUCUGGCACUGAUAAUAAUCAACAAUUUGAAAAGGCUGAUCUUGAAUCUCAUGAAAAAGAAACACAUAAUUCUGAUAGUAAUUUAGCAGCUUGCUCAUCACAAGAACAACCAUCACAAACAAAAUUAAUGAUUGCAGAUACAGAAACGACAAUACUUCAUCAGAAUAUUCAACAACCGCCAUUAGUACCGGUUAUUAUUCAAGAAAAUCAAUCACAAAAAUGUGAAUAUUUAAAAGAAUGUUUAAAUUUUAAGAAUAGUCUUGUUUUACCUGAAGAAUUUUUUUCAUCGGAUGAACCGAUUUGUUAUUGUUCAAAUUGUUAUUAUGCUGGUAAUGAAACAUAUUUACGAAAAGGAGAUCCACCGGAGGAAUAUUCAAUACCAUUCGGCUGGACAAAAUUCUUAUUAAAAUGCCCUGCAUCAACAAAUGUUAUGACUGAAAAAUGGCAUGUGGCAUUUUAUGGUACUAAAUUAAAUGUAAUUCGUGCAAUUUUAGAUAGACGGCAACCAUUAACUAAAGAACAACAAGAAUCUUCAAAUUUAUUAAGUUGGCCAAUUGAGAAAGGAGAAUCAAGCAGCUCGCAAAUUGUAUUUUCGCCUUGUCUCGAAUAUGCUACUUCAAAUAUCAAACAUAGCUAUAUCGAUAAAUGUACUUCAAAUAAAAUUCAAGUAACUGCAGCUUUUCAACUACUUGUACGACCUGGUUCAUAUUCAAUAAACCAAGGCACUGAAUCGAAUACAGAUGAAUCAAGUUGUACAAGUUCGACCACAUCAUCAUCACAAACAUGUAAAACAUUACGUUCGGUUAAAGAAUGGUAUACAAAAGAAACUGGUGCCAUUGUAUUAAAUAGUUUAUUAUUAAAACUCGAAACAUUUUAAUUUAAAAAAAAAAGGUGUAUAAAGUGUCACAAGUGGUAUCGCAAAUCUUGUAGAUUAAAGUGCCGUAAUAUUAUUACUAGUUACUGUUUAACAUAACAUGUGUUUUUAUGUUUUUUAAAUCAUUUUGAUUUAAUAGACUCAAAUUUUAUCAAAAUGUUGUAAAAUAGUAGACUUAGCGUGACAGUUGAACCACGAAAAAGGGUUAAUCUACGACACCGGUUUUUGAACAAGUCUUCAGCCAAUUUUUUUGUACUCGACUUAAAAUGGGUACCAUGAAGUAGCGAGUUUAAUUUUGGAGGACAAAAAUAAGUCAGGCAAGACAAAAUUUGAUAAUUACAGUAACUUUCCCAUGAUAUUUAUCGGAAUUUUGACCAUAAAUUCGGUCACAAAUGCUCUUCAUUAAGUUUAAGAAUUAUUUAUUGAUUGUCUGUCUUUUCAGGACAGUUUUAUGAUGGACAAUUCACGAUGGCCGACUUUAACGAUUCUUCCUUGAACGUUUUGUACCGGUUGCAAGUCCGUGUGUUUUAUAAAACUUUUUCCGCCUAUAAAUCUUUUCUAACACUUGUAGCAAGUCGAUAAACGAUAUUUGACGUACUACUAAGUUGUACUGGUUUAACGAGUCCCUGUAAAUAUAGAAGUUGAUCUUGUCAAUCGGCUAUUAUUUUAGACACAAAUUUAAAAAAACGAUUACCAACUUUAAUCAUUUUGCUUACUUUUUAAAUUAUAAAUUACCGAUACUUUUUCGAAGAAUUUAUGACAAUUUUCAUAGUCCAUCAUUUGAUUCCAGAUAAAAGACUGCUUCUUUGAUAUUAUACAUUAGGCAGCUAGACUACGAACUAUAGAAGUUCUUCUUUCUACGAAUUAUAGAAUGAAAAACUUUAACACGCAAUAACAUUAUUAGUAUUAUUUUCCAACUUAAGGUGGCACUUUAAUUGCGUUUAAUAAAAUACCGCUAUUUGCACUAUAUAUACUCUUCCUUAUUACAAAAAAAAAAUCAUACAAAUUAUACAAAAAAAAACUUUAUACGCUUUAUUUCUCAUAUAUAUAUGCGCAGCAACUUUUUUGACAAAUUCUAGUCAUUGUUUAAAGGUAUUUUUCCAUUGCACCCAACAUGAAAAAGACAUUCCGGUUUUGUAUUAAUUGAAAAUAAUAAAAUUAUAUAAUUUUGUGUUUUACGAAGUUUUCGUCACGAAUAGUUUAGUAUGAAAAAAUGUUUUUAAAAAAAUCGUGCGCAAACCAUAUUUUUAUGUAUGGUUAUACGGGGGUAUCAAUAAAUCUCUGGUAGGGACCUGAAAUUUUAUUUAAAAUGAGAAUUUAAAUUGAUAUUAAGACUUUUUAAUUUGGAUGAAGUAUGUCUAAAUAUUUCUUGAUGUAGUGAACAAAAUUAAGUUAAUACGUUUUCUCUGUCGAAUAGAAUCAAGAAGUGUUUAAGGUAGUAUAGCAGUAUCGAGAAGGGGUACAGAAUAGUCAAGUCAGCAAUCGUUUUUGAAUUAUUU